AAGAUGAGUGGAGAGCCUUUGGAUCACAUGGAGAUUCUAAUAUAGAGGCAAUUGAAUACGUCUAUAAUAAAGAACGAUAAAGUCUGGUACUCGCCGCCCGGCGCGACAAAUUUGGAAGGUCCUUACACAGUGAUCAGCCAUGACGGGAAUGAGACCUACACCAUUAAACUCGAUUCUACUGGCCAAACCUGCACGGAAAUUCCCAAAGCAAAAUUGCAGAGAUUUUAGGCGGGGUUGAGGGAGCACAGAGCAGCCUUACGCCUAUUGCUGCGCAAUAAGGCAAUGCUCAAGUCGACUUUUAAGAGACUGGGUUCAGAUAUAUGUCUUCGUUUUCCAUUCUGCGUGCUACUGCCUCUUUCCUGGCCUACCCGAUACUGAGAUCGAGGCUGCCUGCUACUAGUAACACCGGCCUUCCCAGAGACGAGGAAUCCCAAGUAGGUAGCCAUGUUCCAAAGCAGAUUGAAGACUACCCUAGAGGUUAUCCUAGAAUGGCCGCCCUACAAAGCAGCGACCCGACAUUCACCAUGUUUCGACGUUUCGCACUUCUUCAUGUCAGGACUCUCCUUCUUGCACAGGACGAGAUCUGCUAUUUGGAAGAACAGCUGCACGAUAUCGAUGAAAAGGAGAGAACACAGCUGUAUUUAAGUUCUCGCGUAUACGAUGAAAAUAGCGAGAGGCAGACAGUGAUUCGAGAGAUAAAAACAAAAUUAAGAGAAUAUGAUGAUGAUCUCGACCGCUUUUUCAAACAAUAUGCCUACCAUGAACCCACUCCACGGAGCUUGCAAAGCUUCCGAGGUUGGAUGAAUUUCACGAAACCGUUGAUAGAACCCGAAGCGAAAUUUAUCCAGUCAACGGAUUUUGUUUCCCCCCCUCAUAAAGUUGAAGAAGGGUACCUCGAGGAGCUGGUGGAGAUAUUGGCUCGCAAGUCUGGCAUCGAUGAUGGGCUUCUUAAAACUGAGAGAGAACGCCGACAGUCGUCUGACCCGGAUCUCCAUUUCUACUCCAUCCGGCGACGCCGAGUGGUUGCUCGAAUAAUCUUAACGACGGUGGCGUGUAGCACUUUAUUAAUUCCGACGGCGGUGUUAUUCAUUGUCCCUAACCGUGGGGCGAGGCUUGGCGUUAUUUCCAUCUUUACUGUCCUAUUUGGGUCCAUAGUAGCACUUAUCACCCAAGCAAGACGGCAUGAUAUUUUUGCCGCUACGUCGGCGUUUGCUGCCGUCAUGGUGGUGUUCGUUAGCAAUAUCCCCUGAAAUACGUACAGGUAUCUAGGUACCUAAUGUCGAUCCACCAUGAUAUUGUAGUAAGUGGCGUCUGGGAAUAUUGACUUGGCUUCCGGUGGUUUUCCGCAAUUGCGAUUUCGGUCUCGGAUAUCAUGUAAUCGCCUAUCUACCUCCCCGAAUCGACAGCCACAAUUGCGAUAGGUGGUAUUGGUGGGGGGGUCCCCUCUCUUG